UGUGCCCGCUUCCACUAGCUCAGUGCUGAAGCAGUAUCGUAGACAGUCGGCGGUCGACAGCCACGGAAAGGAAGGCGGCGGCAGCCCUGGCCCGGAACGGUUGAAAUCGUCGGUACCACAGCAACGAGUCAACGCAGUCAUCGGGAGAGCGAACCGAUAAGUAUACCGUCACUGCACUGGAAAUGGCGCGACUGGGGAAGCUAGACGAGUACGACGAGAAGGAGCAGAAUUUUGAAUCCUAUUUAGAACGCUUUGAGCAUUUCGUCACUGCAAACGAUAUCAAAAAGGAAAAGAAGCUGGCCGUAUUUCUGAGCGUGAUAGGACCACGAACGUACGAGGUGCUCAAAAGUUUGGUAGUACCCGCCGUUCCUGGGGACAAAUCCUUCGAAGAGGUGACAGUGCUGUUGACGAAGCACUAUAGCCCAAGCUGUUCUGUGAUCGCCGAGCGCUGCAAAUUUAACAAGCGAGCACAAGAGGAACAAGAAAGCGUCGAGGAUUUCAUAGUGGCCUUAAAGCAUUUAGCAAGGAAGUGCGAUUUCGGUCUGUUCCUGCAAGACGCACUGCGAGACAGAUUAGUGGCAGGCAUAAGACGCGAAGAAACGCAACUCGCCUUGUUUGCUGAAGACAGUUUAACCUUUGAAAAGGCGUGCAAGAUAGCCUUGGACCGGGAGCAGGCUGCGCGACAAACAGCGUUACUGCAUGCAGAAGGCAAGGAAGCGACGCUGCAUGCCAUGGCGAUAAGAGUUCAGGGAACUGAAAAGAAAUUGAAGCUUCGGAAAUUCAAGGACGUCAAGCGAAUCUGCGAAAGAUGUGGCAAGGCGCAUGCCGCUAGUGUUUGCUGGUAUAAGAAUGUCCAGUGUCACAGCUGUUCACAAAUCGGCCAUUUACAGAAGGUGUGUCCCAGCAAGUGCAGAGAACUAAAAACUGCGAACGUGGUGGACUGCUCUGAUAGUGACUCUGAAUUAGAUGUGUACCAUGUUAUUAACACCGUUCGUUCUGGAUACGAAGUGCAAGUAAACGUAGAAGGGAAAGACAUCUGCAUGCAGAUUGACACGGGAGCUGCUGUAACCCUAAUUCCUGAGAGUGUUAAGCUGAACGCAUUUCCUCAUGUCAAGUGCGAGCCAUCACGAGUCAUCCUAAGAACAUACACUGGGGAACCCAUUCCAGUGAAGGGGCAAUGCAACGUUAUCGUUACGACAGGAAAGCAGUCUUUACGACUGCCAGUUAUCAUUGUCAAAGAUCACGGCAAACAGCUUCCACUGCUGAUGGGGCGAAAUUGGCUCGAGAUGCUAGGGCUUGACUGGAAAAGUGUGUUGUCCGUAAAUGUAAGCGACGCUAGCAAGGUGGAAGCAGUGAAACAAAAGUUCCCAGGGGGGUUUUCUAAGCAACCCGGAGUAGUAAAGAACUACCAAGCAAGAAUAGUUCUUAAACAGAACUGUACGCCAGUCUUUGGCAAGGCCAGAAACGUUCCAUAUGCGCUACGAGAUAACGUAGAAAAGGAGCUGGAAAGGCUGCAAAAAAGCGGAGUUAUACGCCGCGUGAUGCAAAGCGAUUGGGCAACGCCAGUGGUUGUGAUUCAGAAAAAAGAUGGCUCACUGAGAUUGUGCGGGGACUACAAAGUAACAAUAAAUCCCGCGCUAAAGACCGACCACUACCCAUUGCCUCGUCCGGAAGACUUGUACUCUGCAAUAGCGGGUGGCAAGGUGUUUUGUGUGCUGGAUCUUUCAGCCGCGUAUCAGCAGAUUCCGCUCGCUACCGAGUCCCGACCACUGCUAACCAUUAACACGCACAUGGGACUUUUCGAGUUCCAGCGGUUACCGUUUGGUGUAGCCAGCGCGCCAGCCAUUUUUCAGUCAUUCAUGGAUGAGGUGCUCAAGGGCAUACCGCACGUAGGUUGCUACAUAGAUGACGUCAUUGUGUCCGGAAAAAACUUCACCGACUGCCAAAAGACGUUGGAACUAGUUCUGCGGCGGCUUAAUGAUUACAACGUGACUCUGAAAGAAGAAGAGUGUCGUUUUUUUCAGGACACCGUGACUUAUCUAGGUCACACUGUGUGCGCUGAUGGUAUCUAUCCCACGGAAGAAAAGAUAAAAGCGGUCACGGAAGCGCCAGAGCCCACUUGUCAAACAGAGCUAAAGGCUUAUCUAGGCAUGUUAAACUUUUACGCAAAGUUUUUAAGCAACAUUGCCUGCGUGGCAGAACCAUUGUAUCGUCUGUUGCGCAAGGGCGAAAAGUGGUCGUGGACACGGGAGUGUAGCGAAGCUUUUGCUGCUACGAAGCAGUUGCUUGUGAAGAGUACUGUGCUCACCUUUUACGACGUAGCGAAACCAAUUGCGCUGUCAUGUGAUGCUUCGCCCUAUGGUUUGGGUGCUGUUCUUUUUCAUGAGACUGCAGAGGGACAAGAGAGGCCAGUGGCGUUUGCGUCUAGAACACUUACAUCAGCUGAGAAGAACUAUGCUCAGGCCAUGGAAUUAUCCCACAAGACCCUGGCAACGCGUGCACGUGGACUAUGCUGUAAAGGGCUCCCAGGCGUUGUUAGUCCUCGUCGACGUGUUCUCGAAAUGGAUCGAGGUCUGGCCUGUGUCAUCCACUACUGCUAACAAAACCAUUGAAAAGUUACGUUGUGUGUUUGCAGCUUACGGUCUACCCGAGGUACUGGUGAGUGAUAAUGGACCGCAAUUCAUUUCGGAAGAGUUCUCAACGUUCUUGAGUGUGAAUGGUGUAAGGCAUGUUAAGACGCCGCCGUAUCAUGCCGCUUCUAACGGAGCGGCCGAGCGUUUAGUGCAGACAACCAAACAAGCUCUGUUGAAGCAGGUCUUACAUGACGGACUUAGCCACAAUAAGCAUUCCUUCCUGGAGUGUUUGGACAGCUAUCUUAUGAGUUAUCGGAAUACUCCACACAGUACCACUGGCCAGACCCCGGCAGAAUUGUUUUUGAAAAGACAGCCACGGGUGAAGCUCUCUUUGCUUAAACCAGAUUUUACGCGUUCCAUGCGGGAGCAGCAACAGCGCAUGAAAGAAACCCAUGAUGUGUCGCGUGGGGUUCCUCGAUGUUUUUCUGUGGGGGACGCUGUGUGGGUCAAAACUGUGCGAGGUGAAAGCGUGUCGUGGGACGAUGGUGUCGUGACGCAAGUUGUUAGUCCCGUAACCUAUCUGGUGAAAGUGUCGCAGGCUGUGCGAUUUACGCAUGUGGAUCACAUCAGAGCCCGCUACGCAAGCUCGGGUUCCUCAAGCUUUCCGCCAGUACAAACUGCUCCUACAGCCUCGGAAGACACAGCUCAUCCGUCUGCUCCGAUGUCUAGUGGGCCAGUCGCCGUGCCACCUCUCGGG